AUGCGUGAGAUUGUUCACCUUCAGACCGGCCAGUGCGGUAACCAGAUUGGUGCUGCCUUCUGGCAGAACAUCUCUGGCGAGCACGGCCUUGACAGCAAUGGCGUGUACAACGGCACUUCCGAGCUCCAGCUCGAGCGCAUGAGCGUCUACUUCAACGAGGCCUCCGGCAACAAGUACGUUCCCCGCGCCGUCCUCGUCGAUUUGGAGCCCGGUACCAUGGACGCCGUCCGUGCCGGUCCCUUCGGCCAGCUUUUCCGUCCCGACAACUUCGUUUUCGGCCAGUCCGGUGCCGGCAACAACUGGGCCAAGGGUCACUAUACCGAGGGAGCUGAGCUCGUCGACCAGGUCCUCGAUGUCGUCCGUCGCGAGGCUGAGGGCUGCGACUGCCUCCAGGGCUUCCAGAUCACCCACUCUCUCGGUGGUGGUACCGGUGCCGGUAUGGGUACCCUCCUCAUCUCCAAGAUCCGCGAGGAGUUUCCCGACCGCAUGAUGGCCACCUUCUCCGUCGUUCCCUCCCCCAAGGUUUCCGACACCGUUGUCGAGCCCUACAACGCCACCCUCUCGGUCCACCAGCUGGUCGAGAACUCCGACGAGACCUUCUGCAUUGACAACGAGGCUCUCUACGACAUCUGCAUGCGUACCCUCAAGCUCUCCAACCCCUCCUACGGCGACCUGAACCACCUCGUCUCCGCCGUCAUGUCCGGAGUCACCACCUGCCUGCGUUUCCCCGGUCAGCUGAACUCUGACCUGCGCAAGCUGGCUGUCAACAUGGUUCCCUUCCCCCGUCUGCACUUCUUCAUGGUCGGCUUCGCUCCUCUGACCAGCCGUGGCGCCCACUCCUUCCGCGCUGUCAGUGUUCCCGAGCUCACUCAGCAGAUGUUCGACCCCAAGAACAUGAUGGCUGCCUCUGACUUCCGCAACGGUCGUUACCUGACCUGCUCUGCCAUCUUCCGUGGUAAGGUUGCCAUGAAGGAUGUCGAGGACCAGAUGCGCAACGUCCAGAACAAGAACUCGUCCUACUUCGUCGAGUGGAUUCCCAACAACGUCCAGACCGCUCUUUGCUCCAUUCCUCCCCGCGGUCUCAAGAUGUCCUCCACCUUCGUCGGUAACUCUACCGCCAUCCAGGAACUCUUCAAGCGUGUCGGCGAGCAGUUCACCGCUAUGUUCCGUCGCAAGGCUUUCUUGCAUUGGUACACUGGUGAGGGUAUGGACGAGAUGGAGUUCACUGAGGCUGAGUCCAACAUGAACGAUCUCGUCUCCGAGUACCAGCAAUACCAGGACGCUGGUGUUGACGAGGAGGAGGAGGAGUACGAGGAGGAGGUUCCUCUUGAGGAGGAGGUUUAA